AUGUCUGAGAGUAGAAGCAAGGAACGGAAAAAACAUGGCAAGAAAGGGGUUAAUAGAGGAGAAAUUGAAGAUGGGCAAUCAAAUUUUCCUUUAGCUUCUACUCCGGGUGAUUAUUUUCCUGAUGAAGGUGUUGACACAGAAGGAAGGGUACGCAAAAGGAAAAGUACUGAAGAAGAAAUGGAAUUGCAGGAUCCAUUAAUGGUUUUGGGUUCGGAAAUAAUGGUGAUGACACUGAACCAACUCGACGCACGCAGCGUGGCACGAUCUCUCCUGGUCUCUCGUGGAUGGCAUAGUAUAGCUUCAAGUGAUGAAAUUUGGUCCCGCAAGUGUGAGGAAUUAUGGCUUGGAAAAGCACAUAUACCACGGAUAUCAAAAGUUCCGGGGCUAUCAAAAUUGGCUUCUUACUCUCUGUCUGUUAUGGACGUCAAACGUGCAAGGAUAACGUGGAAUGAUCUCUGUGAUCAUGUGUGGGAAUUUCAUUUCACUGAGGCUGCUCCUGAAUAUUGGCGAAAUCUUGAUCCUUACUGGACAGGCACAGGAAGUCCAUUGCGCCGGUAUUUCCAUCCAGACGGAAGCAUAUCUGCAGAUCCUGGUGAUCCAGUAUGGGGUGGCCACGAGUCAUGUUACACUACAGUUACCGGUUUGCUGGGAGACGGGAAAAUACGAGAACAUUAUGUGAGAAUCAACCGUUGGCCUCAAUUUUAUGUUUCGAGGAAGCCUGACUGGGGUUGGGAGUUAGAAAGCCCUCUCUGCUGCUACUCUAGUGUCCCUGAUGCUGAAAAGGAAGAUGGUACAGGUCCUCUGUUUCCAGUGUAA